UCCUGGACUUUGAACUGUUUCAACCACAAAAAGAAAAACUUUUCACUUCAAACUCAUCAUUUGGCAUCAUUGGGCAACAAGCAGAAGAAAGAAAAACUGAAGAUGUCUCAACAGAAAGAGAAUAUAAAUGCCAAACAAAGCCCUCUGGAUCCAGAUAAAAUGGAGAAUGAGGCAGAACAUUUCAAAAACAGAGAGACAGAUUCUACCUCCAGACCCUCCAGCAGGGAAAGCGAGAAGACGGUCUCCUCAGUAAUCGAUGAAAUAGCCAGCAUAAUCGUCUCAGAUACACUGGAUCGGACUUCUUGCAAUAUCAACGAACUGAUGCAGUCUAUCUCCUGGUGGGAGGCUGAGGAACGCUCUAAGUCAGAGACUGAUAAUGAUGAGGAUAAAUCAUCAGCAGAUUGUCGCAUCAACCAAAAGGUGAAGCGGCAUUUAAAAAGGUUUUUUGGCCUCCGCCGAAUAUUUGCAGAGCACAAAGGAGAGACACUGAAAGACACAAAGGAAGACCUGGUCAUUGAGAUGGAUUCAACACAGGCACCAUCAGGACAAGACGGACAUCAUGUACCCAUAAAUGUCAGCACACAAAAGUUUUGUAAUUCUGACAGGACAGUUGAGAAAUCUGCAUGCACACAUGGCAGAAAGGUCAUUAAGAGGAUGAAGUCUGCAUUGAAGCGCCACUUCAAAUUGAAAAAAAAGGCAGCAGAACAGAAUUUGGAUGGUUCUCCAUAUCCUGAAGACCUAAGAUCUGACCAUCUGGAGGGGGAGCACGAGGAUGUCAUAGUAGAGGAGACCAUAAAUAUUUCCUCAACGUUGUCACUCACCGGCUCAUCCCAGCCAGAGGAGCAUUAUGAAGUGAGGUCUGAAGUUAUGGAAGAAACCCUUGUCACACACACGGUUUUAACACCAGGACGCUCAGAAGCAGAACAAAAAGAUGAGAUCGCCGGGUCAGCCAGCAUUAACUUGACAUCUAAAGACACUUAUCUGAGAGAGGUGCCUAUCUAUAUGGAGAUGGAUGCACCCUCAUGUCCUGAAGAGGCGUCUCCCACUGCCUCAAUCUGCUCCAAUGAGGACAUCAAGGUUGCUGAGGAAGCAGACCUGAUCUCUGACCCUGUGGAACUGGUGGAGCAUGAGGAUGUCACACCAGAGGCCAAAACAGUUCCCUUAACUUUGUCACCCACUGGCUCAUCUCGACAUGCAGAUGAGGAAGUCGGGUCGGCCAGCAGUGAGUCGAGAUCUAAAGACAGUAAUCUGACAAAACCAGGAUCUGCAGGUGGAUGUGAAAGCAAGAUCUUUAAGAAGAUGAACUCUGCAUGGAAUACCUUCUUCAGAUCGAAACCAAGUGAAAAGGUCCAGCUGACAACAGGACAGGAUUUGGAUGAUGCUGUGGAGUUAGAAAGCAAAAAUAUCAAAGCAAAAUCUGUCUCUCCUUGUCCUGAAGAGGCAUCUACUACUGGCUCAAGACGCUCCAGUGAGGACAACAAGGCUGCUGAGGAAUCAGGCCUGACCUCUGUCCCUCUGGAACUGGUGGACGUGGCAGAUAAGGAUGUCACACCAGAGAGUGCCAUGGACGAAUUGAUGAAGGACAACUUGGUCACAGACAUGGAUGGAACACCAGGACCUUUCCUGGUCUUACCAGGAGCAGAACAUGCAGAUGAGCUCGUCGGUUCGGCCAGCAGUGAGUCGAGUUCUAAAGACACUAAUCUGACACAACCAGGAACUCCGUUUUCUGAAAAAGGGCCCUUCAUGGAGAUGGAUGCACCCUCAAAGGAGGACGAUAAAAAAGUCUGUGAGAUUGUGACACAGAAGUCUUGUAAUUCUGUCAGUUCAGAUGAGAAAUCUGCAGGUGGACAUGAAAGCAAGAUCUUUAAGAAGAUGAACUAUGCAUGGAAUACCUUCUUCAGAUCGAAACCAAGUGAAAAGGUCCAGCUGACAACAGGACAGGAUUUGGAUGAUGCUGUGGAGUUAGAAAGCUGUGACUCAAAAUCUGGCUUUCCAUGUCCAGACGAGAUGUCUCCCACUGCCUCAAUACACUCAUGUGAGGACAACAAGGUUGCUGAGGAAUCAGGCCUGACCUCUGUCCCUCUGGAACUGGUGGACGUGGCAGAUAAGGAUGUCAUACCACAAGAGAAAGAAGAUGUUGCCUCAAAACUAUCCACCCUCAGCUCAUUACCACCAGACUCAACCCCAGGACCUUCACAACAGGACAGACAUCCUGAGGGUUGUGAGCUCAUUGGCCUGAAAAACGUCUUCUACACCAUAAUCAAGGGAUUCUUUGACAGCCUCACUGAAGAGGAGCGAAGAGAAAUAAGCAAAGGUGUUUAUAACACUGAUGUGAAGGACAAGCUGGCUCACAACUGUGCGGAGGUGCUGAGGCUCGUCAUAGAGACCAUCACUGAUAUUCUAUCACAGGCCAUGAAUCAGUUUGCUCAGCCGCAUGCUACCUUGACCAGGAGGAGUCCCACCUCUUCCCAGGCAUGCGGGGCAGUUGGCCAGAACUUUGUUUUCACCGACAACCUCCAGCAGAGUUUGAAAACCACUUUCGGCGAGGCUUACUGUGAAGUGAUCGGUACAGACACAUCUAUUAGCAUCACACCCAAAUUCAUGGAGGCCAUCAUGAGAGCGAUCACUGAUGAGGUCAACUCAGUUCUGUCAGAAACCAUACAAGCCUCACUGAGUGGAGAAUCCUCUCAUGUCCGUUCUGAUACCUGCUGCAAGUUCUCAAGUUACAGAGCAAGCAAAAAGAUGUUGGUAAUCCGGGCAAUAAAAUCCCUCCUUACACAUUUUGAGACGCAGAAACAUUCAGAUUGUGAGAGUAAAGAUGACCGAUUGACGGUUGAACAUACUGUUAAAGUCCACGAGAAGAAGUCGCCGUGGUGGAGCUGUUUUCGUAAACUACUGAAGAAGAAGGUCCACCCGGUUUCAGAUGAACAAAUGGACGAGGCUGUCAGGUUGUCACCAAAUAAACUGUCAUCUGGACACAGACUCUCCUCAUCUCCUCAAGCCACAUCCAGCAUCUGCUCGAAGUGUUCCAGUAAACUGAACUCCACCCCUCUGGAGGUAGUUGAAUAUGUAGAAAAGGAUGCCACAUCAGGAGAUACUGGAAACACCCCACCUUCAGACUACAUUGGCUGUUAUCCAACAGCUUGCCUGGAGGACACAGUUAUGACACAGAAACAUUCAGAUUGUGAGAGUAAAGAUGACCGAUUGACAGAUGAACAUACCGUCAAAGUCCACGAGAAGAAGUCGCCGUGGUGGAGCUGUUUUCGUAAACUACUGAAGACAAAGGUCCACCCGGUUUCAGAUGAACAAAUGGACGAGGUUGUUAGGUUGUCACCAAAUAAACUGUCAUCUGGACACAGACUCUCCUCAUCUCCUCGAGCCACAUCCAGCAUCUGCUCGAAGCGAUCCAGUGAGCAGAACUCCACCCCUGUGGAGGUAGUUGAUUAUGUAACAGAGGAUGAGGAUUUCACAGCAGAAGAUACUGGAAACACCGCACCUUCACACUCCAUCGGCUGGUUUCCAACAGCUUGCCUGGAGGAUGAGGUCAUUGUUUCAGAAAACCAAGAAAGCCCACCCCUAACCACAACUCAGACCGAGGUGAGAAGUUCUUCUCGUCGUCAGUUUGGUGACUCUGGCGAUGGGAAAAGUGAUGUUGGGACAGAGCAGGGUGUCACGGCAGCUUCUCACACUGAAGCCAAUGAGACCCAGGCUAAGAAGAGCACCAGAAUCUGCCCGUAUUGCCAGCGCAAGAUGGACGACGAUCCGACGGCUUCAGCUCAGGAUCAGGCUGUCCACACAAAAAGGUCAUCUCUGCCGAAGAGAAUCUGGCUGUUCUGCUGCCGUCAGAACUGUGAUUCCAUGAGAGACCUCCCCACUUAACUAACGACAAAUUCUACUCCAUUCCCUUU